ACUGGUAGUUUGGCGAUUGCUAGUUUUCGAUUGGUAAACAAAUCAACAUGGCGGCGGAUGUAGGCUACUCGCCAGCAGACGAUCGAUGCUACCCUUAAACUUUCACGAAGUUUAUGUGAACCCAAACUCUGAUCGAGUGGUAGAGCGCUCCAAUGCUGACCUGAAAGUUUUGAGUUCGACUCACGAAAUCGGGCCGAAACUGAGUCCAAACAACAUCCAUGGGCAUCAGACUCGUGUUGGUAAGAGGAAGUCACUAUGAAUUCAAAAUGGCAUCUUCCACUGCAGUCGUAGUCAGCGCAUCGCUGGAUCGUAAAACGUAUUCUCAGACAACAGGUACAAGUAAAGUAAGAAGAACAGCUCAUCAGAUUCCUGAUGAAAUAUUGAAAGAUGUUGAAAUUAAUAAUGCUAUUAAACAGUUGCCAGAUAACUACAAUUUUGAAAUACACAAAACAAUAUGGAAAGUUCGUCUUAAUGGAGCAAAACGAGUGGCUCUGCAGUUCCCUGAGGGGCUUCUGAUUUAUGCGUGUGUUAUAGCAGAUAUUAUAGAAAAUUUCACAGAUGCAGAUACAGUGAUAAUGGGAGAUGUAACAUAUGGAGCCUGCUGUGUUGAUGAUUUCACAGCUAAAGCCCUGGGAGCUGAUUUAUUGGUGCACUAUGGCCACAGUUGUCUAAUUCCCAUAGACCAGACAGAGGGCAUUCAGAUGUUAUAUGUCUUUGUUGACAUUAAAAUUGACACAAUGCAUUUUAUUGAAACCCUCAAACUGAACUUUGAACCAGGAAGCAGACUAGCCCUGGUCAGCACCAUACAGUUUGUCGCUGCUCUGCAGAGCGCUAGACAACAGCUGAGUCCAGAGUACACAGUUAUCACUCCCCAGAGUAAGCCCCUCUCACCUGGGGAGGUUCUAGGCUGUACAUCACCAAAGCUCUCGGACACUGACGUCAUUGUAUACUUAGGAGAUGGAAGAUUUCAUCUUGAGUCUAUAAUGAUACACAACCCUGUUAUUCCAGCAUACAGAUAUGACCCAUACAACAAAGCCUUUACCAGAGAGUACUAUGACACACCCAAAAUGCACCAGAUUAGACAGGAUGCCAUUGCAGUUGCCAGUGCAGCAAAAACCAUUGGAAUUAUAUUGGGGACCUUGGGUCGACAAGGGUCACCCAAGGUUAUGGAGAAACUGAAAACUCAAAUCAAAGCUUCAGGUCGAGAUUAUAUAAUUGUAUUGUUGUCAGAAAUAUUCCCUGAUAAACUCAAACUAAUGAGUGAUGUUGAUGCAUGGGUACAGGUUGCUUGUCCAAGAUUGUCCAUAGAUUGGGGUGCUGCUUUUGACAAGCCCCUGCUUACACCUUAUGAACUGAAUGUCGCCCUCAAGGUUACACCAUGGCAGUCUACAUAUCCUAUGGAUUAUUAUGCCAAUGACAGUUUAGGACCUUGGACUGUAAACAAUGCGGCAAACAAACAACCAAUGGUGAGAAAACAAAGGGUCAAGCCUGGGGGUGACAACUGCUGCCAACAGACUGACAGUGUCACACAGUCAUGUCAUGUCGCAGGGACGUGACGUCUGAGUGUUUGUGUUGUGUAUGGUUACAUGAUAUGUAGUUUAUAUUGAAACUGAACAAUUUGGGAAGUUUGAAAUUAAAAGCAUCUGGUUAUGUCUGAAAGAAAUUAUUUUGUUUCUUAAAUUUAUCUAAAUUGAGAGCCUCAAGAUCUGUCAUACUGCUUAUUUAUUUGACUUGCUGAUUUCAACUCCACA